UUUACAGCUUUAAGAUAACAUUGUUUUUGUACUUUUCAACUAGGAGUCUUAGUGACCAGUUCAUAAAAUAUUGAGCUUUGUACUUUGAUGACUUAGCUUAGAAAAAAGUUAAGAUUUGAGUUUUUUUUUUUUUUAAUAUCACGCGGUUACGGGGCCUUGAAUCUUGACGUCAGAGAAGAGGACGUUUUCUGUCAUUUUGUGAUGAUGUUUUUAAAUCUCUUUGCAGGUGGAAGAGGAAAGGUGCCCCUUUGGCAUGAAGACAGACUCGCUUAGUCGUCAGUCAUUUAAGCUGAGUGCAUUGUGAUUUCCAAUAAUUGAGGCAGUGGUUCUAAAAGCUGUCUACAUUAAUGAAAAGAGCAAUGUGGCCAGCUUGACUAAGCCGCCGGCGUGCGCAGCUCAGGCAGGACGGCACCGGGUCUCGGCGGACUUGUGCAUGUUAGCGGUAGAGAUUUAUGUGAGGUUUUUUAAAACUCUGGUCUUUUCGAAUAGUCUUAACCACUUUGGCUAUGGAGACCUAUGAGAGCCCCUCUCCUCUCCCGCGGGAGCCCCCAGGAGAAGCGGUGAUGGAGAACCGAGCUUGCCCCCUCCACGUGCUGCCCCGUGAACAGUCUCCACCACCUCCCCUGCAAACGUCCAGUGAUGCAGAGGUAAUGGACGUUGGCUCUGGUGGUGAUGGACAGGCCGAACCCCCUGCUGAGGACCCGCUCAACUUCUACAGAGCUUCUCUUCUCUCCAAAGGAACCUUCUCUCAGGCCCGCCUCCUCAUAGACCCGAACUGUCGUGGCCACAGCCCGCGCACCGCCCGGCACGCACCCGCGGUCCGGAAGUUCUCCCCUGACCUUAAGUUGCUUAAGGAUGUAAAGAUUAGCGUGAGCUUUACGGAGAGCUGCAGUAGUAAGGACAGGAAGGUGCUGUAUACAGGAGUGGAGCGCGACACUCGUGCACAGUGCGGUCUGGCCCUUAGCCCUGUCAGUGGAGACAUGCAUGCUUGCCCCUUUGGCGGGAGUGUUGGUAAUGGGGUAGGCGUAGGGGGUGAGAGUGCUGAUAAGAAGGAUGAGGAGAAUGAGCUGGAUCAGGAAAAGAGAGUGGAAUAUGCAGUGCUCGAUGAGUUAGAAGAUUUUACUGACAAUUUGGAGCUAGAUGAAGAAGGAGCAGGCGGGUUCACGGCUAAAGCAAUCGUGCAGAGAGACAGAGUGGAUGAAGAGGCCUUGAAUUUCUCCUAUGAGGAUGAUUUUGACAACGAUGUUGAUGCUUUGCUGGAAGAGGGUCUUUGUGCUCCCAAAAAGAGGCGAAUGGAGGAGAAAUAUGGAGGAGACAGUGAUCAUCCGUCUGAUGGAGAGACAAGUGUGCAGCCAAUGAUGACCAAGAUUAAAACAGUACUUAAAAGUCGUGGCCGCCCACCUACAGAACCCUUGCCUGACGGGUGGAUCAUGACAUUCCAUAAUUCUGGAGUUCCUGUGUACCUACACAGAGAGUCUCGGGUGGUCACCUGGUCCAGGCCGUACUUCUUGGGAACGGGAAGCAUACGGAAACACGAUCCUCCUCUGAGUAGCAUACCUUGUCUGCAUUACAAGAAAAUGAAGGAUAAUGAGGAAAGGGAGCAGAACAGUGAACUCACUCCAAGUGGGGACGUGUCCCCCAUCAAGCCCCUGAGCCGACCUGCAGAGCUUGAGUUCCCACUGGAAGAGCCCGAGUCCGUUGGGACCGACUCAGGGCCCCCCGAUGAGAAGGACCCGCUGGGGACAGAGGCUGCCCCUGGGGCUCUGGGGCAGGUCAAGGCCAAAGUGGAAGUGUGCAAAGAUGAAUCUGUGGAUCUUGAGGAAUUCCGAAGCUACCUGGAAAAGCGAUUUGAUUUUGAGCAAGUUACUGUGAAGAAAUUCAGGACUUGGGCUGAGCGGCGACAGUUCAACCGAGAAAUGAAACGGAAACAGGCGGAGUCUGAAAGGCCCAUUCUGCCUGCCAAUCAGAAGCUCAUUACAUUAUCUGUACAAGAUGCACCCACAAAGAAAGAAUUUGUUAUUAAUCCCAAUGGGAAAUCUGAGGUCUGCAUCCUGCACGAGUACAUGCAGCGUGUCCUCAAGGUCCGCCCUGUUUAUAAUUUCUUUGAAUGUGAGAAUCCAAGUGAGCCUUUUGGUGCCUCUGUGACCAUUGAUGGUGUGACCUAUGGAUCUGGAACUGCAAGCAGCAAAAAACUUGCCAAGAAUAAAGCUGCCCGAGCCACACUCGAGAUUCUUAUCCCCGACUUUGUUAAACAGACCUCUGAGGAGAAGCCCAAAGACAGUGAAGAGCUGGAGUAUUUUAACCACAUCAGUAUCGAGGACUCACGGGUCUACGAGCUGACCAGCAAGGCCGGACUGUUGUCUCCCUAUCAGAUCCUCCAUGAGUGCCUUAAAAGAAACCACGGAAUGGGUGACACAUCCAUCAAGUUUGAAGUGGUUCCUGGUAAAAACCAGAAGAGUGAAUAUGUCAUGGCCUGCGGCAAGCAUACAGUUCGAGGCUGGUGUAAGAAUAAGCGAGUUGGGAAACAGUUAGCCUCUCAGAAAAUCCUUCAGCUGCUGCAUCCACAUGUCAAGAACUGGGGAUCUUUACUACGAAUGUAUGGCCGGGAAAGCAGCAAGAUGGUCAAACAGGAAACCUCAGACAAGAGUGUGAUUGAGUUGCAGCAGUACGCCAAGAAGAACAAGCCGAACCUACAUAUCUUGAGCAAACUGCAGGAGGAGAUGAAGAGACUGGCAGAGGAGAGGGAGGAGACACGGAAGAAGCCCAAGAUGUCUAUCGUGGCAUCUGCCCAGCCUGGAGGGGAGCCCCUGUGCACUGUGGAUGUGUGAGGGAGGCACCGGGCCGGGCAUUCCAGGAAGACCACACACCGCUCGCUGCACCUUCAGGCCUCCCGUGCCAGCUCUUCCUGAGGCCCUUUUCUGCAGGACAGCCCCGAGAGGGGGCUCCAGUGGUGCACAGGACAAGUGGGGGCACAACAUUUCCUGGGAGGCCCACACAUAGGUGUGAGUGGAUGUGUUCAGGGAUGGACUCGGCCUGACUGACUGUGCAGGUGGACCUCCACUUGUAUGGACUUGCCGCAGACUGCUUUUAUGAAGGUUUUCAUUAAUUUUAGUAUGUAAUAUGAAUCGACAAAGUGGUAGUUGGAUGACAGAUGAAAUGAGAAAGAGACAGCUGAGUCCCAUGGUCCCCUGUAUCCAGGGUAUUUUCAUGGGCCACUACAGGGACCUGGUCAGAAGACUCACACUGGCACUCCUGUAUUUUUCCCUUUCUCUGAAGAUGUUAGGAAUCUUUUUGGUUAAAAUAGACACAAUGUUAGCAAUUAAUCUUUUCAGAGAUUGCAGGCAAACCUUUAAGGCAGUUCUUCAGCCUUGAAAUAUGUUGCCAGUGUGACUGGCCUGCCAGUCCCCUUUUGACCCGAUGCCCUGGCCCUGGGCUGGACUGCUGGCCAUUUCUGAGGAUGUCUCAUUGCCCCAAAGCACGUCUUAGAUAGACAUUGAGGCUUCCCAUCUCUGCUGGCCUCUAGCAACUUUUUACCGAAGAUUUUUGCACAGUCAAGUCCAUCUGUUCGUUCACCCAUCAAUUUUUAAAGCUUUUAUGAUAUUUUAGCAUUUGGAAAGAAACUUUUACAGCGAGUAGAAGAUAGAUUUGGAAUCAUGUAGCAAAUUUAAA